AUUGCAAACUAUGCUCCCAGGAGGCAGGAGCUGGCCAACUCUGCGACGCUACUGUAAACAGCUGCGAGCUCUGCGAGCUUCGAACUGAAUGAGAUGGUGUAUGUGGUGUACGCACCCAGGUGGACCGUUUGUUUUGUGAACUGCUACACCGCUGGUUCCCUUCAAAGUAACAAGGCGCCCUUAUUUAACUUUUCAAUGAGAAGAAAGAUAUAUUCGACGAAAUCGGCCUGCUUCACUUGCUCUCAUUUAUGUCGACGGUUGCCGUUCACAGUCUACACUGGUAGCGCCAAUGGUCGAAGUGCGUCACCUACCUUGCUCUUCCCAAAGGUGUUAGAACUGCAAAAGCCAUGCGUACGAAUGAAAGACCCGGAGCGCGUAGAAGAACUUGUUUGCAAGUUGAUCAAGGGGGGCCCAAAGAAGCUGCAGGUUGUGACGGACUUUGACCACACAAUUUCGAGGUCGCACCUCAAUGGCAAAGCAUGUUGCAGUACUCACGGAGUCUUGGAAUGCAGCAGUCUCAUCACUCAAGAUUUUCAGGUUCAGGCAGAAAAGGUCCACGAAAAAUACUAUCCCAUUGAAAUUGACCCCUACAUGUCGACAGAAGAAAAAAUACCAUAUAUGGUUGAGUGGUACACAAAGUCUCAUGCCAUCCUUGUUAACUGUGGCAUCAAGAAAAGGGACAUUCCCCAGUUGGUCGAAGAGUCAUCAAUUAUGCUCAGGGACGGCUGCGAGUCAUUCUUCGAGAUGCUGCACGAACAUCAAAUACCGACACUAGUGUUUUCUGCUGGGCUUGGAGACAUCUUAGAAGAAACUCUCAAGCAUUUUCAGUGCUACUUUCCUAACCUCAAGUUCAUCUCUAAUUACAUGCAGUUUGAUGAUGAGGGCAACAUCAUUGGGUUCAAGGGAGAGCUGAUCCACAUGUACAACAAAAACCGCACUUCCGUUGCCACUCCCGAAUAUUUCCACAAUGUCAAGGAGAAAACCAACAUUGUGCUGCUGGGAGACUCGCUCGGCGACCUCGGAAUGCUGGGAGACGUGGAAUCACAGGAGGUUGUGCUGCGCAUAGGAUUCCUCAACAAUAAGAUUGAAGAGCGGCUACAGCAGUACAUGAAAAGCUUCGACAUUGUUUUGAUUGAUGAUCAAACCAUGGAUGUGGUCAAUGGGAUCCUCAGGAAGAUCAUCUACUAGUGACACACCAAGGCAUUGUUUUGAUUGAUGAUCAAACCAUGGAUGUGGUCAACGGGAUCCUCAGGAAGAUCAUCUACUAGUGACACACCAAGGAAUGACUGCCUGCCACAGAUAGGAUGAAGACAAACCAAGUUCUGCAUGUGAAGCAGACCAGUGUUGUUAACGCCUAGUUCCAAUUGGUGCAAUUGCAUAGUUGUCCCUAGAUUGUUUGCUAGCAGAGCAGCAGGCUGGUAUUUUUUGGAGGACAGUAAAUUUACUUUCGGAUGCUGUUAGUUGCUGGGCUUUACCAUAUCACUGUUAUUUGCGUGUAUUUGUGUGCCUGUGUAUGACAGUCUGUGACAAGCUACGCACGAUAUGGCUUGCAUUUGUAUUUAAAAGUUUUUCCACUAUGAGGCUGUUUGCAUUUACAUUAAAAGCAAGGCAUGCUCAAGAUACACAAGUCAUUUAGGAGUUAGAAACUGCUUCUAUACAAAAGUGUCAGUAACUGGUAUUCUUUAACCCACUUAGGUUCUCCCGAACACUAGUGCACAUACUGGCUAGUAUACUUUACAAUUUAUCCGAGGACUUGCUACAGCAAAUUAGCCUUUUUAAAUCUAUAUGCAUUUUUAGAUGUGUGCUAUGGUACGAGUUGGUAUCAGGUUUAAUUGUCUAUUUGUAUCUGCCUGAUUGUGCAAAACUGAAUUCAUUGUGUUCAAACUUGUUCACUGGAUCUGAAAAAAAAAAAAUCCUUUAAACUUGC